AUGGCUACCCCAGAUCUUCCAAAAACCAUCAAAUCCCUCAUCCAACCCGACAUCCACAGUCCCAAACUAAUCCUCACCGAAAUCCCUCUUCCUCUCCCCACCCCAGGAACAACCGAACAUCUCAUCCGCGUCCAAAGCACCUCUCCCUGCUCAGGCGAACUAACCUGGAGCGCCUCCAUCGCCCAAUACGCCGCCAUUUCCCCAGAAUACUCCAAAUACUCCUCCGCACCCAACCGCUUACAAGUCCCCUGCUACGAUCUCUCCGGCACCGUGAUCCUCGCACCAGACAACUCACCAUUUCCCGCAGGCACAGAAAUCUACACUCGAACUUCAUUCGCGAGGCCCGGAAACGCGAGGGAAUAUACAAUUGCGUUGCAAGAGGAGCUUGCGCGGAAACCGAAAAGUUUAUCCUGGGAUGAAGCGGCUGCUAUUCCGCUAAGUGCGUUUACGGCGUGGCAGGCGCUGUUUGUGCAUGGGGGGGUUAGGUGUGUGUAUGCUGAUGAUGUGAAGGUGGAGAAUGGGGAUCGGGUGAUUGUUGUGGGGGCGGCGAGUGGAGGGGUGGGUGUGCUGUGUGUGCAGUUUGCGAGGGCGGCGGGGGUGGGUCAUAUUGUGGGGGUUUGUUCGGGGGGGAAUAGGGAGUUAGUUAGAGGGUUGGGGGCGGAUGAGGUGGUGGAUUAUAGGAAGGAGGGGUUAGGGGAGUGGGCGAAGAGGAGGGGGUUGAAGGUUGAUUUGGUGGUGGAUAUGGUUGGAGGGAAGAGUUUGGAGGAGGCGUGGAGGAUUUUGGGGAAAGGGGGGAGGGUGGUUAGUGUUAAGGAAGAUCCGGGGGUUAGGAGACCGGAAGACGGGGUUGCGGAGGGGGUGGAGGGGAAGUUUUUUGUUAUGGAGCCCGAGGGGUGGCAGUUGGAGGAGACGGCGAAGUUGAUUGAGAAGGGCUUGGUUAGGGCCGUGGUGGAUAGUGUUUGGUCGCUGGAAGAGUUUCAGAAGGCUUUUGAUGUGGUUGAGGGGGGACAUGCGAAAGGGAAGGUGAUUAUUAAGGUCAGGGAGUAG